UGUCCAGUGUGGCUGAAUCUCUGUCAACGUUUCCAUCUCGCCCUGUUCGGUAGCCUACCUAGGCUAAUAAACUAUGCACGUUAAAACCCGUGGAAACCAAACCUCCCGUUCCAUCCUCAUCACACCGUCCAGUGAACUGCUAUCAUGGAGCCGAAAAAUAACGGGUCAACGAUGUAUUUUUGAUAAGGACGUCUCUACUACCGUCUUUUCGUUUCGGGUGGUGAAUUCCGUGUUCGUGUCGGAUUAGCCGCGAUGAGACAGUGGAACUGUCAUUUUGUUGUCUUGGAUUAGCAUUGUUAGAAAAUAUGAGAUUACAUCGGCAUUUCGGCAGUGAAACAAAAAUAGCCUGACAAUUGUUGUUUGAUUCUGUAACCAGCAGGUUUGAUGUAAUGUAUCUAUUUGCUUGAUUACAUUUUGUAUCAUUGACGAACUGAAAGUGCUGCAGCCCCUGCCGCAGACAGUGACAUUGUUACAACGACAAUGACACUGGGUUUUUUACUGCGCUCAUCACAAAUUAUCCUUAUUAUAUUCCCUAUUGACUAUGUUUGAUUACGGUCUAUAUUCUUUAGAUGACAUUGAAUAGAAGUCAUCGCUUCGAUAUAGAAAUGAGUGCGCUCUUUCAAAUAACUGCAAUGCGAUGGUAUACCCGUUUCUGUAAUGCUGUUCUUCAUCGAGGAUGCAACAACGAGGAGUUUUUACCAACAGCAAUAUGGCACAAUGCACUAGUUUAUGUAUUAGGCUAAUAUUGACCUGUUUAUUUUGAAGAUAACUUUUUUAAUACAUUUAGGUAUUUUAUUAGGACUCCCAUUGGUUGUUGCGAAAGCAGCACAUUGAAAAAAACAUGAACAUCACGCAUCUAAAUCAUUUCAAUCUAUUGAUGGAUUAUUGAUAUCCAACCUGUUGGUACAAGACACCUUAUUUUAUUGCCUGAGCAAUCAGAACAGACACAAUCGCCACCCCACAGUAAAACUGAAAGCAGAUAUUAUCUGUGAUGUUGGAUGUCAAAAUGAAGGAGGUGUGUCGGAUCUGUGCCCGCGAGCUCUGUGGUAACCAACGGCGUUGGAUCUUCCAUCCGGCCUCCAAACUCAACCUGCAGGUGCUGCUGUCCCAUGCCCUGGGUAGAGAGCUGACCCGUGAUGGCCGUGGGGAGUUUGCCUGCUCCAAGUGUACCUUCAUGCUGGACCGCAUGUACCGUUUCGACACAGUGAUCGCCCGUGUGGAGGCUCUGUCCCUGGAGCGCCUGCACAAGCUGCUGCAGGAGAAGGACCGGCUUAGACAGUGUAUAGGAGGCCUGUACCGGAAGAACAACACUCAGGACCAGACCCGGGAUCAAACUGGGAUGGGGGGUACUGGGGAAGGAGAGACAGAGGGUGGUGGGCGGUCUGAGGGUGACUCCCCAAUAGUGGACCUUUCAGCCCUGCAGGAGGCCAGGUACAGCGCCCUGCUCCAGGACGACCUGGCCUACUCUGUGUACGAGUCCUGGGCCGACCACGAGGACCAGCAGAGCCCAGCCCCAGACCCCCAGCACCACACCCAGCAUCAUCACCCACAGUGCACAGGAUCGGAGGCUCUCUCUGGGCAUCGCUCCAGGCGGUGCAGGGGAUGCGCCGCUCUCCGUGUGGCCGACUCUGACUACGAGGCUGUGUGUAAGGUCCCUAGGUGGGUGGGCAGGAGGAGCACGUCUUGUGGACCCUCUACUCGGUACUCAGGCAGCACCUUGGGGGGCGAGGAGACCUCCACAGGGUCAGAGUCCACGCCUGUCCCCUCCGAGUCCCCUCCCAUGGAACCAGAGAGCGACAGGACGCUGUGCGAUGGGGACCCAGAGAGGAUGACCCUCAGCCCGGGCACGUCGGUUGAAUCUCUGGACACAGCUGUGGACGUGGCUCGGCCCUGUGCCACCCACCGAGAGGAGAGAGGAGAGAAGGACCCAGCGAGGGUUCAGAGGAGGGGCCCUCACCUCCAGUGGGAUGAGGCCCCCAGGGACAAGUCAGUCUCUGGGUUGACCCUGGAACUGGCGCUAAGUCUAGUGAGGAACUGGGAGUACAGACCUCUAAAGUCCCCUCAAGGCAGCAAGCUCCCUAUCCUAGUUAAACCCAAACUGGAGAUGGGUCUCCCCCAGUCUCGCAGUACCCCAGACUAUGAUCUCUACUCCCACCCUGCCAUCCCAGAUCUGGUGACCCCCAGCAGUCAGCAGGAGCUGCAGACAGAGCUGUCAGCGAUGGAGGAGCAGUGGCUGGAUGACUAUGUGCAGUGUGGUCCCUUCCGCUUCCAGCAGAGGCUGCUAGAUGAGCAGCAAGGCAAGCUGUCGCAGUAUGAGAGUGCUGCAGGCCACUGUGUUAGUGAGCUCCAGAAGGCCCAGCUCCAGGUCCACUCUCUACAGGCCAAGAUCAGAGAGAGCGAGGCCGGGAACCAGAAGCUGCAGGUGCGACUGGGGGACAUGGAGUGUGAGCUGCGCUUGGUCAGAGAGGAGGCACAGAGACAGGAACGAAACGUCCUCAACCUCACUGACGCUGUCAACAGCAAGGACACUGAGGCAGCAGAGUUGUACAGAGUCAUAGAAGAACAGAACGACAUGCUGUGUUCUCUCAAAGACCUGGCCAACAGAAACCAGGUCCAGACACUACAGGUGUCUGGGGCUGAGUCAGUGCGAGGGCAGGGGAAGGUGCUGGCCCUCCAGGGCUCUCUGUUCCAGGCCCAGCUGGAGCUGCAGGCAGGCCAGAGGGCCCAGCGUCAGGCUACCAGGAAGGAGGAGGACCUGACCAGAGCCCUGAUCCGCCUGGAGCAAGACCUGCAGGGGGCCGUGGAGCACAGACACAGCACUGACAGACACAACCAGGACUUGCAUCUGGCGCUGGAGAAAGUUCGCUCAGAGCUGCAGCAGAGAAAGGAACAGCUGAAUGAAAAGGAAGGAGAGAGACUGAGAGCGGAGGAGGACAUGGAGAAGACCAUCAGAGAGCUGAGGACCUCGCUUCAGAGCAAAGAGCAGCUUGUGCAGGAGUACUCAGAGUUGUUGGACCAGCAACAGGGGCCCAGGGAGAAGAGUGAUUCUCUCCUCUCCAAACUGAAAGAGCGCAUCAAGGAGAGGGACAGAGCACUGGAGCGAGCGGUGGAUGAGAAGUUCCGCUGUGUGGAGGAGAAGGAGGGAGAGAUGCGGAGGCUACAGCUGCUGCUCAGAGAGAAGGAGAGAGACCUGGAGAGACAACGCUGUGUAUUGUCCAACAACGAAGAGACCAUCAUGAGUCUGGAGGUGCUGGUGCGUGGGAAGGGUCUGGAACAGGAGCAGGUGUGUGAGGCGUGGAGGAGUGUACAGCACCAUCAUGCAAACAGUGAGGAGAGACACAGCCGCAGCUUGAGAGAGAGAGAUGCACUCAUCAGCCAGCUACAGAACGCCCUGCACACACGCACCAAGGAGGCUGAGGUAAGACACUAUACACUAUACCCUGGCCACAGUAUACCCUGGACACACUAUACCCUGGCCACAGUAUACCCUGGCCACACUAUACCCUGGCCACACUAUACCCUGGCCACACUAUACCCUGGCCACACUAUACCCUGGCCACACUAUACCCUGGACACACUAUACCCUGGCCACAGUAUACCCUGGCCACACUAUACCCUGGCCACACUAUACCCUGGCCACACUAUACCCUGGCCACACUAUACCCUGGACACACUAUACCUGGACACACUAUACCCUGGCACACAGCCCAGGAGCAGGGGAACACUGGUUCAGGAGGGAGGCUCGACACCAUCAGCAGGAAGGGACCAAUACAUCCAGGACUCAGCAGGUCGUCUGGGUGAGGUGAUGAGUGAGCAGACUGAACGUCUCCAGGAGCUCCGCAGACAGCUAACUUCUGGCUCCCAGGCCUAUGGGUCCCAGCUAGGCCUCCAGGGUACAGACCUCCAGGGUCCAGACCUCCAGGGUCCAGACCUCCAGGGGACCAGCCAGAACUUCCAGGCCCUGCAGGAUGAGCUACAUCUGGCCCUGAGGAGGGAGAGGGAGGCCCAGGCUGAGAUCACAGCCCUCAGGACCAUGACAGGCCAGACAGACAGGCAGGCAGAGUUUGGAGAAUUCAGCUCAGAGGAAGAGGAUGAUGUCAACAGUGACUAUGCAGACAGCAUGGAGGAAGAGGAGUCCAAACUGACAGCCCAAACCCUAGCCACAAUGCAGAACGCAGAGCUUCAUGGAGGACCUGGGAAAGGGAAGCUAUCCCAGGAUCCUGUGGGAGAGGGCCAGGGGCUGGUGGAGGUGAAACAGCUGGUGCAACAGAAGAGGGUGGUGGAGAGAGAACUGCAGGAGCUAAAGGUUCAGCUGGAAAAAGCUGGCUUCUCCUCCCUGUCCCAGAUGAGAAAAGCCCUCUUCAACCUACGCAUGGAAAAUAAGGAGCUGAAGUCUCACCAGACAGACAGCCAGCCAGAGACAGACCUUAGGCAUGAACAGAUUCUUCAGGAGGAAGAGGAGGAGGAUGAAGAAGAGGUGGAUGAGGAGGAGGAGGAGGAGGAGCUGUGUGGGUCUGAGCUGUGGGAGGCCUGGGAUGAUGAGUGUCCUUCCCAUGGGAAGUGCUGUGCCCCCAGGCCCACCCUGAGAGACCCUGGCCUGGGGAGGAGACACUGCACUAGGCCUAUAUCUCUGGACCUGGGAGCCAUGCUGUCCUGCUCCACACAGGAUGAGGAUGAUGAGGAGGAGGCAGGAAGAGAGGCUGGAGGCAGGCGGCACAGCGCCACAGAGACAGUGAUGGGUGAGAAGGCUGUACGUCUGCAGCUAGAGAGCAAGGAGCUGAAGGAGAGACUCAUGGUGUCUGAGGCCACGGUGCAGGCCCAAGCUGAACAGCUCAAAGACUAUAGAGACCUACUAACAGAGACAUCAGUGCAGCAGGACAGUAAGCAGGUCCAGGUGGAUCUCCAGGAUAUGGGUUAUGAGACGUGUGGCCGCAGUGAGAAUGAGGCUAACAGGGAGGAGACCAGCAGCCCAGAGUUUGACGAUCUAGAGAUGUGCACGUCUCUGGAGUGCGGUGGCUCUCAGUGGUGGUCAGGCACUGUGCAUCCUGGGAAGGCCGGUCCUCCAACAUCAACCACAGAGGCUGACAACAUGACAUCUCUCCAGCGAUUGGUUGAGGACCUUCGCUCCCAGCUCUCCCGCUCUCAGACAGUGAUCCGGAGCCUCCAGGGCCGCCUGCGCUCUCUUUCCACCUCCAGCGAACUCUCCAUUGGCCCCUCCAUCCCCCGCAAGGUCAACUGGGGAGUCCAGUUCCAGGCCUCGCCCUCACAGAGCGGCCCAGAGGAGGACGAGGGAUGGGAGUCGUCUGGUGGUGGUCUGGGGCCCUCGCCGCGCCACCCCAAACCUGACAAGGACCUCCAGGAGCUGGUGUCCCGUGUGGGAGCCCUGGAGGACCAGCUGAGAAAGGGCAAAGGGACCCCAACGCCCACCAAGGAGGGCAAGGCCACCAGCUGGCCUGGGCCGGGGAAGUUCAACACUCUGAUCCAGGCCCAGGCCCGUGAACUGUCCCACCUGCGCCAGAGGAUGCGUGAGGGGCGCGGGGUGUGCCACAUCUUGACCCAGCACCUGGGUGACACCACCAAGGCCUUCGAGGAGCUGCUUCGUGCCAACGACAUAGACUACUACAUGGGCCAGAGCUUCAGAGAACAGCUGGCACAGAGCAGCGCCCUGGCACAGAGAGUCAGCACCAAGAUCAGCGGACGAGACCAUCCCAAGAUUCCUGACGACAAGACUGGCACAGAGCUGCUCGCCAUACGGCUGAGUAAGGAGCUCCAACAGAAGGAUGACGUGAUCGAUUCUCUCCGCGCCAAACUCACCCAGCAUCAACCUCGUUCUGACACACCAUGCAGUAGCCACGCCCUCUCUGACACCACCGACCAAUCAGACCACAUCUCCUUUGUGUCCGAUGAGCAGGGCUCCACCAAUGAGGAUCUGGAGCCGUGCUCAGACAUUGACGCGGCCAGUGAGUAUGGCCAGGAGGACAGACAUGCCUCCACUACAGCCAGUACAGAUUCUCACUGUAACAGUGUCCCCAUGUCACGCCACCCCUCCAUCCCUCCUUCCACCAGUUCAUCUCAUGGACACCAGUCCUCCAUCAGCUGUCCCAGCCUGCAGCGAUCAGCGGACACACAGACACAGACAGGCCUCUACAGUGGACCAGUGUCCAGUUCUCUCCCCACCCCUCCUCAGCCCCAGUCUCAGUCCCAGUCCCAGUCCCAGUCCCAUCCUCAGUCCCAGUCCCAGUCCCAGCCCCGCUACCACUCCGACCUCUCUUCUCAGAGAGCCCCCCUGUCCUUCAACCCCCAGACUGCAAAUCUGCGACCCCGUUACCAUGGAAGCAGGCCCGGGGCCUUCUCCCUGGCAGAGGUUCACCAGGAGCUGCAGAUGUUACAGAGACAGCUGGGAGAAACUGAGCGUUUUUCCGUUCCUUCAGUCAAGCCGUUUGGUGGCUUCCCCAUGUCAGCCCACCCCCACCCCCAGACUGACCCCUCCAGUUACAUGCCCCAGCCUCUGUCCUACCACACCUUCCACCCUGCUGGUCUGAAUGCUAGCCUCAAUGCUAGCCCUGCCAUGAAGGCAGGCGCCAGCCUCCUGGAGAGCAGUGCAAUGUGGGACAUGGCCUACGGUGCUCGGUCAAUGAGAGUUGGCACUGCUGAUUUGUCAUCAGGGUCGUCAGGUUACCAGUCUGGCACCAGCCAUACAGGUUCUGACCUGAUUAAAGAACACCUGAGAGAGAUCAGGAGUCUACGUCAACGUCUGGACGAUUCCAUCCAGACCAACGACCUCCUCCGACAGCAGCUGGAGGAGAGACUGGUCAACCAAGCCAGAGAUAAAUGUGCUCCCACCAACAUCUACAUCCAGGGCUUGGACUCUGUUAGUCAGUUGUCCAGUGAGAUCAGAGUUCUGAAAGCGGAGAACCUCAGCCUGCAGGACCGACUCCAACAGGCCAGCAGAGACGGGAGUAAGGAGGCGGAGCAGCUGCGCGAGGCGGUGCUGUUGGGGGGUGCCCGUGUGAAGGAGGCGGAGUUAGAGACUGAGCGGUGGGCGGAACAGGGCAGGAGGCUGCACACGCAGACACAGGCUCAGACCCUGGAGAUCACUCAGCUGAAACAGGACAGGCAGAACAACCAGGAGACCAUUAACAGGUUGCAGCACGAUGUGAAUGUCCUGCAGCAGCAGUUGUGUGAGAGCCGUGGCCUGGCCCACUCUCUACAGUAUGACCUCCAGAUAUGCCACAGAGUGUGUGGCGUCCCCAAGAACAUGAACACAAGUGAGGGGUCACACUCAGAGGAGUCUGCACCCUUUGACCCCAGGGACCUGCAUGUUCAGCUAGGGCAGCAGUUGACGUCUGGGACACGCCUUCCUGGAGCCAGGAUACAGCUCUUCCAUGACCCUGCUCUCUCUACCCCUGUCCGAGACACUGGACUCUUCAGCCCUGCUUCCCCUCUCUCCCUCACACUGGAACCCCGGGAGGUUGACGUUUCUCCUGAGGGCCAGGCUCCAGACGGCUCCUUCGCCAACCGUAAUGGCCUCCAUGUUGUGGGCCACGUGGAUGACUUCAGCGCCCUGCAACAGCAGAUCCUGGAGGGGCGCGUCCUCAUUGGCAAGAUGGAGGCUGCCCUCCGGGCCACCGCCAACCACACCCUGCUGGAGCUCAGCCUGGACAAGCCUGUGGACCCUGGCUGUGUGAGGAGUCUGCUGACCUGCUCUACGACCCUGAGGAAGAUCCUCGAGGAUGCCAGCUCCCUGCUCAGAAUGUUCUGGAGGGCAGCAUUGCCCAAUAGUGAGGGGUCCACUCAGAGCACCAAGACGGAGAUGUCUCUAAAGGACGUCCACACCAUGCGUCAGCGGAUCUCAGAGCAGGAGGAGGCUCUAAAGGACGCCAUGGAGAGACUGAAAAGCUCCAACCGCACCAAAGACAGUAUGGAACACUUCAUCGUCAGUCAACUGUCAAGAACAAAGGAUGUCUUGAAGAAGGCACGGACAAAUUUAGAGGAGAACGAGCAGAGAAUGUCCUCCCUUGGCCUCACUUCUUUUCCCUCCUCCUCUUCCUCUUCCUCCCAUCCCUGGGUUGGUAAAGGUGAAAACCCAAGAGGUUUCUGUGAGCUCACCCAAUCUGCUGGUUGGGGUAUCGUGAAACCCCACAUCCAGGCUACAUCACCCAGGACCCCUACGGUCCUGUGGCCUAAUACCCAGGGUCUGACGUACCGCGUUCCCUACAGGCAGCUUAUUUGUGAUGCACCAGCUCCAAGUUCCUCCUAAUACUGGGAGACAGGAUACUUCCUGUUGAAACAUGGGACAUAAUCUCAGGUUUCUGGUUAAAUAGGGAGAACACUUUAGUUGAGUGGAGACUGUCUGAUAGUCAGUAGGGGUUCAGCCAAGUGCUCUCUGUGAUGCUGUUGUAUGCCAAGCAGAACAGUGGUUAAUGAAUGUUGACGACUGUCUUAUGUCAGGUGUUAUGUAUAGCUUAUGUAGGUGUUACGAAGGUACCUCAACUGAAGUGUUUCCCCUAUUUAUCUGAGACAUAUAUUAUGUUUUGAGCUCUAUAUGAAACCUCUUCAAGGAUCCUAUGACAAUCAACCUUGAACAAGCCAGGAAUAGAGGCUUUUAAAAAGCCAAACAAGACUAAAGUGCUUCCUUUUCACGUCUAACAAGACAAGUUUGUAAGUGUGUGUAUGUGUAAAGUAGUUGCAUGUUGUUUGAGGGAAAAAAAAGCCAUAUUUAUAGAUGUUAGAUACCUUGUUUCGUACGAUACUUCUUCUGCCAUUGAAAUGGUCUGUUACUGAUGUCACAAGAUGUAAACACUAUUCACAUUUUAAAGAUCCUAUGGAUGGGUUGACCCUAGAGCUGUCUUCCUGCUGAACUGCUAGAAUCUGUAACCAUACUAAAGAUGUAAAGAUUGUUGCCAGCUUUAAAUCUAGUCUCUGGACCUGAGUCCUUAAAGCAGGCAGCAUACUGCUGCCAGCUGCAAUACAUUCAACUAUGACCUGCUGAUGUAUUCCAAUGACCUAUUUAAGAAAGUGACAGGAGCAUUUGGUGCUUUGUCCAAAAUAAGUUGUAACUGUUACAUUUUUGAUUUGAACAGAAUUGCCUCAGAGGCUAAUGGACCACACAAUGUUUUUUAAUCCAAAUUUGUAAAGUUGUUUUUAAUUUGGGCUAACAUUUAAACCCUUCUAAGACAACAAAAAAAAUGUCAUUAUUUUGAUUAGAUUUUUUUUAUUUUCUGUUGUGGUAACCAUAGAUGUUAUUUUCUAUUAACAAAAUCUGUGACAAUCAUCAGCAGGAUAUGUGAAAACUUGGUUUCUUACACUGAGAUAUGCAAAGCUGUAUCUGUAUAAGAUAGUACAUCUUACUGUAUGUACAUAAUGGCAGGUGCGUACAUUAAAACAGCUUUUUUUUUGUCAGGAAGAGGGAGUCUGGUGUCAAGGUCAGGGGCUUAAUUUAUUUUUUAUGCAUGUGUUAUAUAUCAAAUCCAGUUUUAUUUGUUGAAUUCUGUGAAAUGCUUACUUACAAGCCCUUGUUGUUUUAGGGAGAAGCUUUUCAAUAAAACGGGACUAAAAUAUUA